AAGUGAAAUUGACAGGGAAGAGGCGACGGUCCAUUGCGCUACACUCAAGUACAUGUCUACAGUGAGCGAGAAGGAAAGGAAAGGGGGAGGGUACCACUUAGUCACUGGCUGCUAUGUAGAUUAACCUUUCAAUUAGUAGUUAUCGGCUCCUCUGUGUCUCUCCAUGCGUGCAGACCUGCGGGAUUAUCAUUAUUUGGAUACAACGUGCAGCAAAAAAGCCCUGGGAAACGUUUCAAUCUACGCGGUGACGCUCCUUCUCCCUCCAUCGACCAUUAUUAUGAAGAGCGCAAUCCGAUGUGGGCAAACUUGAAGAAGAUUUGAUAUUGGAUUUCGUCUCUCAACAGCGCCCUCCAGCGACUGUAGUGGAUUUUACCAGUGCCAACAGUUAAAACAAAACCUCGGAUUGAGUUCAAUGCGCGGAUGUCACUUUGGAACCUAACUUUUUGACCUUUCCGAAGGAUGUGGAUAUAUUCCUUGUUCUCUAGCUGUAUGGAUUACAUAUUAUUAUUAUUAUUUGCAAUCGUGUAACCAUGGUAAAACUCGCUAACCCUCUGUACACGGAGUGGAUUCUCGAAGCAAUACAGAAAAUCAAACGCCAGAAGCAAAGACCGUCGGAGGAGAGGAUAUGCCACGCGGUUGGCACUUCGCACGGACUAGACAAGAAGAUCGUUCUCGAGCAAUUGGGAUUAAGCGUUCACGAUGGUUCAAUUCUCAAAGUCACCAAUAAGGGGAGCACUUCCUACAAAGACCCCGGAAACCCUGGAAGAGUUGGGGCGACCGCGCAAACGCCAGUCGCCACCCCCGUUCCGACCAAGGAAUUUAAAUGGGAUUCCCAAGAUCUGCGUCAUGUUGAUUGGAAUAAAAUACUAAAGCGAGCAAUCGAAGGCUUGGAUGAUACGCACGGGUCUUCUCUGAAAAAUAUCGAGAGGUAUCUGAGAAACCAGAGAGAUUUGGCCAAAGUUGCCUCUAAUCCCGCUUUCGGGCAGAGGUUGCGUUUAGCGGCGAAGCGUUCGGUGAGCAACGGCAGGCUGUUGAAAAAUGGCCCGCGAUACAAGCUCAGUCCACAAGGGGGCGGCGUGGAGCAAGGCAGGGGGCACGCCAGGGGUCCGGGGAGCUCUACGCUGCUGCUGACGACGGUGACGCUCCUCCCACAUGAACGUGACCAGAUGCGAGUGGACCCCAUCCCAAUAUGCAGCUUCUGUUUGGGGACGAAGGAGUCGAAUCGGGACAAGAGGCCCGAGGAGCUGCUGUCCUGUGCAGACUGUGGCAGCAGCGGACACCCGUCAUGUCUGAAGUUCUCUCCAGAUUUGACUUGUAACGUGAAGAGGCUCCGGUGGCAGUGCAUCGAGUGCAAAACGUGCAGCUUGUGUCGAAUCCAGGGCAAAAACGCGGACGAGAUGCUUUUCUGUGAUUCGUGUGACCGAGGGUUCCACAUGGAGUGCUGCGACCCUCCUCUUUCUCGAAUGCCAAAAGGUACUUGGAUGUGCCAGGUGUGCAGGCCCAAAGAGAACGGGAAGAAGCUGCUCCAGCAGAAAGCUCAUCAGAUCAAGAGACGAUACGCAAAGCCCAUCGGACGGCCCCGGAACAAACUCAAACAGAGAAUGUGUGUGAGUGGCGGUGGCAGCAGCUCGGCAGCACUGGCGGGCCGGGGGGCACCUGGUAGGGCUCAAAAGAUUUCCGUCUGUUCCACAAAUCCAUCUGGUCAUGCUGCAUCUGUGACGGACACCAGGGGGCCUCGUUGUGCAGUCGAAAUCACCUCCUCCUCUUCCUCCUCCUCCUCCUCCUCCUCCUCCUCUUCCUCCACCCCUCCCCCCCUCACCUCCACCUCAGCCGCACUCACCGUAAACAAGAAAACCAAAGGGCUAAUCGACGGGCUUUCCAAAUUUUUUACCCCCUCCCCCAUUGGACGCCGCACGCGAGCUGUGUCUCUCGACCAGCCCCCAAAACUGUCCGCAGAAACGGCCACCCCGACCCCAGAUUCGACCCAAACUACCCCGCCAGCUCUUCUUCCAGCCCCGCCCCCCUCGCUGCCAGGUCUUAGCCCAAACGUGCAAGUCUCAAACAGCUCCACUUCGGCUAACUCCCCCCAGAGUUCUUCCAGUCAGUCUAGCGUGCCCUCCCUAACUAGCUUGUGCACUAACAGCCACGUUAAAGGCCUAUUCGACGGACUCUCUCACAUAUUUACCACUCAGGGACAGUCACGGAAAAAGAGGCUUCCUUGCUACGCUCCGCCCAGACGUCAUAAAACCCAAGUCGAGUCCAAAGCGGGGACACAGCGCCCCCCCAAGACCGAUUGUAGUAACAGUAACAGCAAUAGCAAUAGCAACAGCAAGAGCAGGCUGCCAGGAUGUCCCAGAGGAUUUAAGAUGGUCAGUCAUUUCAAGCGUAACCCCUUCCUAAAAAAGCACAGGACUCUAGGCAGGCUGCGCUAUAGGGUGAGCCCACACAAGGGGGCGCUGUCUCCAGGAAAGGCAGACUUGAAAGACGGACAAGAUAAAGCAGAGAAUAACCAUGGACUGAACGGGGAGCUGAGGGUGAAGAAGGAGACUCAGAUGGCCGCCAUGUCCAGAGAGCACGUCAGCGAAGAGGACAUCGAGACUUUUAACAGAGUACAAGAGCUCGCAGCACAGAGAACCGGUGCUCUGAACAGCGACUCGGUGCGAUUUCCCUCCGUCAUCGAAUUUGGAAAAUACGAGAUCCAGACGUGGUAUUCAUCGCCUUAUCCUCCUGAAUAUUCAAGACUACAAAAGCUUUAUCUGUGCGAGUUUUGUCUGAAGUACAUGAGAAGCAAAAACAUCCUCCAGAGGCACGCGAAGAAGUGCGGCUGGUUCCACCCUCCUGCCAACGAGAUCUACCGCAAGGAUGACCUCUCUGUGUUUGAGGUUGAUGGAAAUGUCAGUAAACUGUUCUGCCAAAACCUCUGCCUUUUGGCCAAACUGUUCUUGGAUCACAAAACGCUGUAUUACGACGUGGAGCCUUUUCUCUUCUACAUCCUCACCCAGAACGACCAGAAAGGCUGUCAUCUGGUCGGAUACUUCUCCAAGGAGAAGCUCUGUCAGCAGAAAUACAACGUGUCGUGCAUCAUGAUCCUGCCUCAGCACCAGCGCAAGGGCUUCGGACGCUUCCUCAUCGACUUCAGUUACCUGCUCACCCGGCGUGAGGGCCAGGCUGGUUCUCCUGAGAAGCCUCUGUCAGACCUGGGCCGCCUGUCGUACUCUGCGUUUUGGAAAAGUGUGAUUCUGGAGCACCUCUCGAAGCAUCGCCACAAACACAUCAGUGUGAGGGGCAUCAGCAGAGCCACGGGCAUGUGCCCACACGACGUCGCCGCCACCCUGCAGCAGCUGGGCAUGAUCGACACCAGGGACGGGAGAAUCGUUCUGGUUCGUAGAGAGGGCGUGAUCCAGAGGCACAUGGAGCGUCUGAGGGAGCGGCCCAGACCGUACGAGGUGGACCCCGGCGCCUUACGAUGGACCCCGCCGAAAAACCACAACGCACCCACCACAUCCGACGAGGAAGAGGAGGAAGAAGAAGAGGAGAUGGAGAUGGAGAGGCUGAAGGAUCAGUCCAAUCGCUGGGACAAAGACGACCUCUUCUCCCCCUCCCACAGCGGCCGCCCCACCCUCACCAAAGUCCACUGCAAGGUCCCGUACCGAACCUACGAGCGCCGCGCUAUGUCGUCAUGGAGCCGCCGCAUCCAGGAAGUUGAGGAGCGUAGCCACGACGACGAGGAAGCUGACGAUGACGACGACGAUUCAGACAGCUCGCCGCCCGUCCUCACCAAAGCCCACGUCAUGCUUUCCACCAAAAGAAAGAGGUCUGUGGUGUUGAAGAAGCGAGGUCGAAAGAGGAAGAGAGUAAACAGCAGUGUCACCACGGAAACCAUCUCCGAGACGACGGAGGUGCUAAACGAGCCCUUUGAUCACUCGGACGACGAGAGGCCCAUGCCCCACCUGGAGAGAACGUCCCGGGUCGGAGAGAUGGACGACGAGGAAGAGGAGGAUGAGGAGGAGGAGGGGAGGGAGAAGAGGCAUAUCACGCCGAUGAAGAGGAGGAGAGGAAGACCACGACUCGAGAAAAACAUUCAGAAAGACAAUCGUGAACUCUGGAGCGAAGGAGCAGAUUUCCUCUGCAAAAGACCCACUACUCGUCCACUGAAACGGAAGAAAGGCUGGCCCAAAGGUGUGAAGCGCGGCCCGCCCAAAUGGAGAACCAAGAACGAGAGAAAGAUGGGCUUCAAACUGAACCUGUACACGCCCCCCGAGACCCCCCUGGAGGCGGAGCACCACACGGAGGAGGCGGAGCGGGGCGUUGCCAGCGGCGACGAGGGUAGCCGAGCGGAGCCGGGGCCAGACAGUCCUGAUGUAACAGAGCCUCAGUCCCAACCUCACAGCCCCAAUCAGCCAGAGUCCCACAAGUCCAGCUCUGCAGAGGACUCUCCGGUCUGCUCUCCCGCCCCCUACCGCUCCUCCCCCGAAGCCCCCCCAGAGCCCCAGGACAGUGAGCCCGACUCCCCCAAACACCCCGACCACGAAGAGCCCAGAGCUGAGACCGCCCGCGACGGAGAGGAAGAGGAGGAGCCCAGCCAGGCGGAGGGGCAGGGAGAGGAAGAGGAGGAAGAGGAGCAGACGUCAGCGGAGCCAGAGGCAACGAAAGAGGAGCCAGAGCCGGAUGUGCCUGACGCCCCUGAAUGCACCACAGAGUAUUCAGGUCCAAAUGAGUGCGAGGAAGCGGGGCUGCAGGUGUCCAUGGCGACAGAUGAGUGUGAGGAGCGGUCUGAGGCGGCAGUCGAGGCUCAGGCUUUAACAGAACCAGAGCAGGGCCCGGUCCCAGAGGCUGCAGUGGAUUCUGGGAACGCUUCAGAGGAAGAGGCUGCCCCCAGUCCCUGUCAGGACCUCCCCUGUCAGGACCUCCCCAGUCCCUGUCAAGACCAAACCAGUCAAGACCGCCCCUGUCAGGACCACCCCAGUCCCUGUCAGGAGCAGCCCCCCUCUGCACCUCCACAGAAGCCUAUAAGCCCCGCCCCCAGAGAGGAGCCCGUGUGCGCGGAGCUGGACUCUGAGACGGUGCAGGCGGUGCAGUCUCUCACACAGGACGCUGUGUUCCAGGAGUGUGUGGAGCCUGUGGAGCCUUGCCCCCCAGUGCAGCCGUAUGCCCCCGUGCCCCCCAGCCCUGCCCCUGUGCCAGAGGACUGCCCCCAGUCCGACCACAGCAGCCCCCUCUCCUCCGCCCCCUCACACCCCAGCCAAUCGGUGCGCUCCGUCAACAGUCCCGCAGUGUCCCUGCUGGAGAGCGGCUACACCCAGAUCAGCCCCGAGCACGGCGCCAUGGUGCUACACAACAACCUGGAGACCAGCCCGGUGAUGGACGUGCCCUCGGUGUCCGACCACGGGCAGCAGGUGGUGGACAGCGGCUUCAGUGACCUGGGCAGCAUCGAGAGCACCACGGAGCCCUACGAGAACCCCAGCAGCUACGACUCGUCUCUGGGCUACGGCAGCGCUCUGUCCCAGGGCAGUUGUGCCGUGGGCCCGCCCAUGGUGCCCGGGUGCACCCUGAUGGCCCAAAGCCUGAGCUCGCCUCAGCACUGCAACGUCAAGUCCCCCCAGGGCUGUGUGGUUGAGCGGUCUCCCAGCAACGGGCGCCACGGGCAACACAAUCAGCACAAUCAAAUCAGCCACAAUCAGCACCAACAUGGGCCUCACAAUCUGAACCAGCCGCACAAUCAGCCCCACUCCCACAAUGCACCUCACCCGCCACACUCCCACAAUGCACCUCACCCUCCUCAUUCGCACUCCCACAAUGCACCUCACCCUUCGCACUCGCACUCCCAUAAUGCACCGCACUCCCAUAAUCCACCACACCCCGCACAUUCACACUCCCUUAAUGUACCUCACCCUCCACAUACGCACUCCCAUAAUGCAACACACUCCCACAAUGCACCUCACCCGCCUCACCCCCAUAAUGCACCUCACCCCCAACACGCUGUGCACAAUCAGCCCUUGUCCCAUAACCACACUCCGCACCAUACGUCACACGGGCGUCACAACUCCACCCACUCACAACACAACUCCGCCCACUCGCAACAUAACUCCGCCCACAGUCAACAUAACCCCGCCCACAGCCAGCCUCAUAUCCAUAGCUCCUCCCACACGCAUAACUCCGCCCACAAUCACAACCAAAUGAGCCACAAUCACAGCCUGCACCACAAUCAACUGCCCCAGCACGGUCUCCACGGGCAACAGCACGGAGUACCCCAAUGUACCCUGGCCCCCAGCUUCAACCCGGGCGUCCCGUUGCCCGAACUGCCAGAAUCAAGCCCCAACUUCCUGUAUGAACGCUUAAACCCGCAGGGUGAAUACGGGCCGCACUAUACCCAACCAUCGGGACUAAGCCUGGCAAAGCUCCAGCAGUUCACCAACUCGUUCAUGGACCCUUUUAGCCACACCCCCUCGCACCCCAUCACGUCCUACGCCAACACGCCGAACCUACCCCAGACGCCGCACCGAGUCCCCGCCCCGCAGACCGCCAUGACGCCUCCUCCCCCCUCCCUCGCCGCCCCCUCCCACAUGAUGCUCCAGCGGAACCUCCAAUCGCAGCGCGUCCAAUCACAGAUGGCCUCCAAGAACCACACGGCGUCACGCUCCAAGUCUCUCCACGCCCACCAGCAGCAGAUGUACGCCCCACGCACCGUGCCGAGGGUCAGUCUGAUGCCCACCGCGCCCGCCUACAACUCCAUGAACAUGCCCUCGCUAAACGGCUACGGCAUGAGCCACCCCACCAUGAACAGCGGUUAUCACGGUAACCACGGAUACAUGAACCAGUCGCCCCAGUACUCUAUGCAGAUGGGCAUGAUGGGAACUCAACCGUACGCCCAGCAACCCAUGCAAGCCCCGCCCCACGGCAACAUCGUGUACUCCCCCGCGGGACACACGUACGUGAACACCGGGAUGUCCAAGCCGCAGUUGAAAGGGGCGGGGUUUAUGCGGCGGUAACAUUGGGCGCGUGGAGGUCCGAUGACUUUAUGAAAUGCACUAAUUUGGCCUUGUUUCUUUCUCUGUGUCUUUUUGUUACCUAAAACCAGCAGCACUUGGAAAGAUGCAAAAAUGUUCAUCAGAGUUAAACUUUGAAUCUAAUAUUGAAGAUAUUUUUGUUGCGCAGAUGGGAAGCCUUACUUCAUUACGACGAGAAUCUAUUUAAAUAGCGUUAGUGUUUUAGGGUAUGUCCACACUAAUGUUGUUUAUUACUAUUCUACAAUCCUGAUGUACAAUUCUGAUGGUUAAAGGAAAUUAAAGGAAUGUAACCAAUAGUGUUAGUUAGACCAUAGCUUUAUAUUGUAACUAUCGCGGUUAUGUCUGCAGUGUUGUAGUUUUUGCCUAACCACCACAUUAGGCAGCCCAUGCUAAUCGUUCUUAAUCAAAGAAUGAAGGAAAACAUAUCUUUGUACUGAGAGACUGUAUUGAUUCAUACAUAUUUUUUUUUAUUUAAAAAUUGCCCUUUCCCCACGUGGAGAUGCACAUUUUAUGGCAAAACUCUCACAAAAAUGGCGUCUUGCUCAUAGGCGCCACAUUAGGAAGUGAGGGAUUUGUAUCAAUUUCUAUUUUUACAAUCGCUUUACACAUUAAAAUAAGAUGUUUAUUUAAUUUAACUACUCUGUGACAGCCCCUUAUUAUACAUGUAUGCGGAAGUCAUCAUGCAGUACACAAAUCUGACAAAAAAUAUUCUUACAAUAGUGAUUAAAACUUCAAAAAUAUUAUUACAAUAGCGAUUAAAACUUCAAAAAUAUUAUUACAAUUGGUUGUUGUUACAUAGUAGUUAUAUUGACCAUAACAUGAAGUAUGAAUUGAAGUAUUUUUAGAUUCUUUUCAUCCAAUAUGUAGUUUUUCUUUUAUACUUGUCCCUAGAAACCGCAGUAAACAAAUCCCACUUUGUAAUAAUAAUGCACUUGUUAUUACAGUUAGUUAAGAUGGUUGUUACAUAGUAGUUACAUUGAACACAACAAUGUAUGAAGUAUAGAAUGAAAUUAAGUAUUCUUUUAUUCUUUUUCAUUCAUCCAAUAUGUUUUUCUAUUGCACCUGCCUCUCUAAAUCAUCACUAAGUAGGCCUAUACAAGUCCCACUGUGUAAUAAUUCAAUUAAAUUCAAUAUUUAUUAUUAAUAAGUGUGUUACUGCAAUUGGUUAAUUAGGUCGUUACAUAUUAAUUACACAACAGUGAAAGUGUAGUAUCAAAAUAUGUAUUCUCUUAGAUUUUUUCUGAUUCACCUGUCUCCAGAAAUCAUCAUUAAGUUGGCCUACACAUGUUAUUACAGUUGGUUAAUAUAGUUAUAACAUAGUAAUUACAUUGAAAACAACAAUGUAUCAAGUGUAGAAUGAAAUUAAGUAUUCUUUUUGAUUAUUUUCAUUCAUCCCCAAGUUUAAAAAAAAAAAAAAAUGUAUUUCACUUAAAAUCAUUAAAUAGGCCGACACAGAUUCCACUAAACAAUAAUUCAUGUUAUUACAGUUGGUUGUUAAAUAGUAAUUACACCGAACACAACAAUGUAUGAAGUGUAGUAUCAAAUUAAAUAUUUUUUUAUUCUUUUUCGUUCACCCAAACUGUUCUUCUAUUGCACGUGACCCUAGAAAUCAUCAUUAAAUAGGCCUACACAAAUCUCCCUUCGUAAUAAUUCACAUGUUAUUACAGUCGGUUAAGCUUGUUAUUACAUAGUAAUUACAGUGAAAACAGUAAUGUAUGAAGUGUAGAAUGAAAUCAAGUAUUCUUUUUGAUUCUUUUCAUUCAUCCUCAAGUUUUUUGUUUUUUUUUUUUUUCACUUGAAAUUAUUAAAUAGGCCUACACAAAUCCCACUUUGUAAUAAUUCACAUGUUAUUACAGUUGGUUAAGCUCGUUAUUGCAUAGUAAUUACUAGUGAAUGAAGUGUAGUAUGAAAUUAAGUAUUCUCUUUGUUUCUUUUUCAUUCAUCCCCAAGUUUUAUUUUUAUUUUUUAUUUCACUUCAAAUUAUUAAAUAAGCCUACACAAAUCUCCCUUUGUAAUAAUUCACGUUAUUACAGUUGGUUAUUGCAUAGUAAUUACACUGAACACAACAACGUAUGAAGUGUAGUAUGAAAUUAAGUUUUUUUUUUAAUUCUUUUUCAUUCACCCAAACUGUUUUUCUAUUGCACCUGUCCCUAAAAAUCAUCAUUAAAUAGGCCUACUCAAAUCUCCCUUCGUAAUAAUUCACGUUAUUACAGUUGCUUAAGCUCGUUAUUGCAUAGUAAUUACUAAUGAAUGAAGUGUAGUCUGAAAUUAAGUAUUCUCAUUGUUUCUUUUUCAUUCAUCCAACGUCGGGUGGAAAUUGCCAACACACACACACACACUCACACAUAUACACAUCGUCACAGUAGUGAGCUUUAUCAAUCACUUUAAUCUGCAAUCAUGUGAUCAAAGUGCAAUAUGAAAACCCAGAAUUUUUCAAAUCAAAAUGAAAAAAAAAAAAAGAAGAAAAGUUUAUUUUUGUAAAUGUUAAAGUUCAUUAGUGUGGACAUAGCCAUAGGGGGUUCAGUAGCAGCCUAUGAAGAAGCCAUGAAAUGUGCCUGGUCCAAUGGCUGUGUGCCCCGUGUCCUCUGUCUGACAGUUUGUACUAUACUCAUUGCCUUUGUAUAUUUAAAUUAUUGUACCUAUUUUGUAAAGUGACGACUAGCAUGCUUCGGUCUAUGUUAGUGGCAGUGCAUUGAGUAGUACUGUACAAGUGUUGUGCUAAUAGCAAGCCAUUUUAAAGAGUAUCUGGCCUUUAUUAGGUUUUCCCUAUCACGGGGAUGAAAGAUUAAACUAUAUUUUGUUAAUUCUAAUAAUGUAUAAAAUGUAAACUUAGUCCUGUUUUGUUCAGUUGGAGAAGUUUUAUCGCUAUGUGUAUAAAACUGAAGUCUUUUUGUAACAGAGGCAGCUUCCUGUUAAAUAAAUAUGUCAAAAGCAUAUCGCAGUGUUUGUACUCUUAAAAACGUGUGGCAGAAUUUAAAAGUAUAUAAUAUUUAGCCCAAAGUCGAUAUUUUACAUAAUGCCUUCAAAGCUACGUUUUCAUUCCAUCUGUAGAUUUGUUUUCUAUCUUUAUAAAAUGUUUAUAUUUUACCGAAGAGUAGAGGCCUGUGAAUAGACCAAAUUAAGCUAACGGAUUUGCAUGUAAAACGCAGCUUGUCCCUGUGUUUCUGUUUCUAAUAAGAAUCCUGCUCUUUUGUAGCCUUUGUACUGUACAGAGAGCGGAGGACAGGAGGCCGGAACAACCUGGGUUUGUGCACACGCAGAAUGGACUUGUAUUUAUGACUUUUCUCCUUUUGUCAGUCACAUAAAUGCUGUACAUUUUAGCAUAAGAAUAAAUUAUGAUUGACCAUG